AUCCGGUUGCUAUUGGCACGGAGUGCGCCAUAGCAGCAUAAGACAUAGAUUUUUCGUCUAAGAUCUUGGAUAAUCAUUCUUCCAAAUAUGUUCUUCUGAUGAACACAGAGAAAGAAAGAUAUUUAUACAGAUUUGGAACAACUCGAGGCAUUCACACUGUGGAUAAGAUGACCACAAAAGAUGACGCCCCUAAAGACCGUGGCUCCCUGGUCGGGGUUAUAUUCUUCAUCCUGGGGCUAGGAACACUGUUGCCAUGGAACUUCUUCAUGACCGCCUCUGUGUAUUUCAAUAACAGAUUGAACACCACUGAAUGGAAGAACGGGACGGUAACAGACAGGAAGGAGUAUUAUUUUAACAACUGGAUGACUCUGCUUUCCCAGCUGCCUUUGCUUCUGUUCACUUUCCUGAACUCUUUCCUCUACCAGCGAAUCUCAGAGAAGAUAAGGAUUGCAGGGAGUUUAAUCUUCAUCCUCAUCUUCUUCAUUUUCACUGCUGCCCUGGUGAAGGUUCCUAUGGAAGAGGAUAGGUUCUUCUCCAUCACAAUGGCAACCAUAUGGUUCAUCAACUCGUUUGGGGCAAUGCUGCAGGGAAGUUCAUUUGGUCUGGUGGGUUUGUUGCCACGGAAGUACAGCGCUGUGUUUAUGAGCGGACAGGGGCUCGCAGGCACAUUCGCUGCUCUCGCAAUGAUUUUCGCCAUAGCAAGUGAAGCUGAUAGUGAAUCUGCAGCUCUUGGGUAUUUCAUCACUCCGUGUGUUGGGACUCUCAUCACCCUCAUCAGUUACAUGCUGUUACCCAAACUGGAGUUUGCUCAGUUUUACUUGGACAGGUGUAAACACAAAAGUUAUCAGCCUGCGACGACCAGACAGUUCCUGUCUACAGAGGUGGUGGAGGGUUCUGGGAAGGCGGACAGUCCUUCUAACGGAGACGUUAGCGGUGCGAUUGAGGAGGAGAGCGGCAAACAGGCUUUCCUCGACCUGCAGAUGGAGAACACAUCCUCACAGAAGAGCUCCAUCCUUAAAGUCUUUAAAAAGAUCUGGGUUAUGGCAUUCUGUGUGACAUUUGUAUUCACAGUAACACUUUCAGUUUUCCCGGCGGUCACGGUGGACGUAAAGACCGUUUAUGGAGGAAAAUGGGAAAAAUACUUUAUUCCUGUUUGUUGUUUUCUCCUCUUUAACACGAUGGAUUGGUUUGGCAGAACGGUCACAACAUGGCUUCAGUGGCCUGGUAAAGACAGCCGGUGGUUCCCGGCUCUUGUUGUUUCUCGGUUAAUCUUCGUUCCUCUGCUGAUGAUGUGUAACGUUCAGGAGAGAAGCUUUCUGCCUGUGCUCUUCUCAAACGAUCUGGUGUUUGCUGCUUUAAUGCUGCUGUUCUCUGUGUCCAGCGGAUACUUUGUGUGUCUGUCCAUGACCUACGCACCACAACUGGUGGAUCCUAAAGACGGCGAGACGGCCGGCGCCUUAAUGACGUUCUUUCUCGCAUUGGGUUUGUCCCUAGGAGCGGCGUUCUCAUUUCUUCUGCGCUUCCUGGUGUGACGGAAAACACACAAUCAUAUUUGAUACUAAAUAUUCAAGCCAUUCUUGGCAAUGUCUGUAGUAAUGCCGGGGAAAUCUGUUCUUGUGUCAUUCAUCAUGUUUAUUUGGCAGCUUAAAACAAUCAGCACAACAUCAUUGUGUUUGGUUGAAGGGACCUUAAAAAUAUCAACACAAAAACUGCAGACAUUUCAAAGGCAUUAUAAUGAAAGGGACCGCUCACAAAUCAUAAAUCUAACAAUGAACUAUAUUUUGAAUAUUAUAUUAUGUAUUAGACAUUAUAAUUACAUGAUUUGAAUGUAGAAGCGCAGCUGUAGGUCUGAAGUUCUGCUUGUAUUCAGGACAAUGGAGGGAUUGCAAGGGUCAUUAAGCCAGUAGAAAGAACUGGUGUAUUAUUAUAACUUUACUUGGGUUUUAUAAUAUGAGGGAAUGUUUUUAGCGUAAUGGAAUUUAGUGCCUUAGAUUUGAACGUUAGUAGCAUAGCAUUUAUAAUAUUUAUUUUAUACUUGGCACUUUUCCAAAUAUGUACAGGUGCAGAAAAGCAGAAAAAGGGAUUUCCAUAAGCAUCUAUGGCCAGGUGUUAAUAAUGGUUGAUGGAAUGCCGCAGUCACACUAGACUUUUUCAUUCCAUUGACUUCCAUUAAUACACAUACAAAUGCAGUAGACUGGAAAUGCAUGGGCAUACAAAAAAUUUGGCAUUUCAUUGUCUUCCGACGGUCAUGUUUGGUGAAUUUGUGUCACGUGGAUUGUGGAUUGACCAGUAGGAGAUCGAUACAGCACAGCGUGACCUUUUCAGUUGGAUCAAAUUCUCAUAAUAAUAAUAAUAAUAUCACAAAAUAUCACAACAGUGCAAAUAUAAAAGUAUCCAUGAUGUGUUAAAAAACUUGAUCAACCUUUCGGUUUUUAUUGUGUUAUUGCCAGUAUAUGUAGGGCUCUAGAAAUGUUGCUUAUUGAAAGUCUGGUGUGACUUGGGCAUAAGAGAUCAGUUGGCUUUGGGGAAAAUCAGGUCUACAGUAUUCCACGUUGUAAAUGUUUGAACUUUCAAUAGCGUUAUAAAUCACAUCAGAAAGGCUUUUAAUGGCCAAGAACAUACAUCUUACGCAAAUACGUGAACAUAGACGUGCGUAAUGUGCGACUCACUGCAUAUUUUCAUUCGUUUAUGAAUACUCAUGUUAUGCAAACAUGAAAUUACAUUCCUGCAUACAGUAUGCUGUGUGCAAUCAUUCAAUCCCAUAAUCAAUCUCAAUAAAUGAACAACCGUGAAAACCAAUUCAAAACGAGGUUAAACCAAAUGAAUUCAUGCAUCUUGGUAGAUAUUGGCAGCUACAAACAGUGACAAUUCAGGGCUUUAAUUCACUUUGUUUCCACUCCCUCUUUCAAGUGGACUUUAUUAGUGGAUAAACAUAAGAAAUGAUAAACAAUUUCAGACACGACAUAUGUUUAUAAAGUUACAGUACUAAGACAAUAGAAGCUUAAGUGUUUUUAAAUGUAGUUGUUUAAUUUAUAGUUAUAGUUACACAGCUAUUCAGGUUGUUUAGAUUCAAGUUUGUUUGUAUUUGAUGGUACAAAUCUUUAAAAGGGAAGAGAUCUUUAUGAAUGAUUGCAGAGUGGAGACAAAUAGGGAACAUCCCAGCAUAGUUUUGACUGGUACUUUAUGAUUUGGUACAACUUUACUAUUUUAAAACCAUGUGCAAUUAUUGCUUUUUUAAUAAAAUAAUAUAUUUUGA